AACAUGUGAGGAAGAUAUUCAAAUGUGUCACGGAUUUCAUUGUCAAUUGUUAUGGAAUAUCGGAAACAAAUCGCUGGUUUAGUAUGAGUUUGUUCAUUAAAAUACGUUAUAUUUCUUAGAAAGGUGAUCGCCAUUUCGUACCCAUGACAGUAAAAUAGCUUUCCACUUUGUAACUGACCGCCACACUUGUAGUUGAAUUGGCGCGACUGAGACAUUCCUCCUCUCUCCCUUUCGAGCCGGGCGCGCACGUUGCGUGACACGUGGUGCUCGAUUUUCCAUAUAUUUGAAGGCUUACGGAACCAACAAAGCAAUGGCAGACCAAAACAAUACCUUUUGGGGGCUGAUUCUCCAGCCGGGCAAACGGUACGAGCAGGUGGUUGAAAAGUCCUUCCAUGUCUCUAUGGCCGCGCUGGACAUAUCCGGCGGCAACGACAAGGCCACCGUGCAGGUGAUGAUCAACGUCGACGGCCAGGAGUUCAUCCUCUGCCACCUGAACAAGAACCGCAACCCGCAGCAGACGCUCGACCUCAACUUCCAAGGCGGAGACUCACUGGCGCUAUACGUCGAUGGGCAGUCGCCCCAGCCGGUCCACCUCACCGGCUUCUACAACGAGAUGGACGACGACGACGACGACCUGGCGGGACUGGAGAUGAGCGACGAGUCGGACGAGGAGGAUGUGCCGGCUCUGGUUCCCGCGGAGACCGCCUCGGCCAAGAAGAAGAAGGCCGUCGAGGCGGGACAGGGAGAUAUUGAAAUUCCCGUCAAGAGGAAAGGAUCACCAGUAAAGGAGAGCCCGCAGAAGAAAUCCAAGCUGCAGAAUGACGUUAAAGUGCAGGAGGACGAAGACGACGACGACGACGAUGAUGACGAGGACGACGAAGAUGAUGAGGACGAGGGAGAGGAGGAGGAAGAUGAAGAUGGCGAGGAUGAGGAGGUGGAAGAGGGAUUCAGCGACGAAGACGAUGACGAUGAUGACGAAGAUGAUGACGAGGACGAUGACGACGAGGACGAUGAUGAUGAGGAUGAAGACGACGAUGAUGAGGAUGAGGAUGAAGAAAAGGUGGAUGAACCUCCCAUCCCACUUAAGAAGACCAAAUCUCCUGCAGCAAAGAAGGAGGAAGUCAAGGCAAAUGGAGUAGCCAAGGCGGAAGACACUCCAAAGAAGCAGAAGAAGGGUGCUGAGCAGACUCAGAAGACCCCCGUUCAGGAGGAGAAGAAGAAGGCCGCCCAGACGCCCAAGUCGGCCAAGAAGACGAUCGCUGGCGGUGUGAUGAUCGAGGACCUUAUCGUCGGCGAAGGCCAGGUGGCAAAGCGCGGUCGACCAGUGUCAGUCUACUACGUCGGGCGGCUGAAGCAGAACAACAAGCAGUUCGACCAGACCACCGCCGGGCCCGGCUUCAAGUUCCGGCUGGGCGCCAAGGAGGUCAUCAAGGGCUGGGACGUCGGCGUGGAGGGCAUGAAGGUGGGCGGCAAGCGGCGGAUCACGUGCCCGCCGCACAUGGCGUACGGCGCCCGCGGCAGCCCGCCCGUCAUCCCGCCCAACAGCGCGCUCGUCUUCGAGGUCACGCUGAAGAACGUCCACUGAGCGGCCGGGGAGGAUCUGAGUGAGACGUGCGCGCGAUCGAGAGUGUUCACAUGCAUCGUUAAACAUUUCACCGAGCCGUCUGGCGAGUGGCAUCACGCCGCCUUUCCAUGGACGUUGGAUUCCAGUUGUGAGAUGCCGAUGCGUUGUGGUGUUGUGUGUUGGCGUGUGCGGCAGAGAGGCGCCAGAGAGCUGUUCCCGUUGGAAGGGUGGGUUUAACUGAGUGAUUAAGGACGUCCCUGACUGCGCCUUGUGAGUGAUGCUUCAAAGGUUACGGUACAUGUCAUUGCAUUGAGCUGCCUGAUCGGUUGUUGUGUGUAGAUGGAUGCCGUGAAUCUUUUGGAGCGUUUUAUCGGGUAUUUUGUGAACGCCUUGGGUAAAACGAAUUACAACAAUACAUUUGAUGACCAUGUUUUCA